CCGCGAGCGGCCGACCCAGCUGGAGGAAGGGGCGGCGGCGGCGGCGGCGGCCACGAUGAGCGCAGGCGACGCUGUGUGCACCGGCUGGCUCGUCAAGUCACCCCCCGAGAGGAAACUACAGCGCUACGCCUGGCGCAAGCGUUGGUUUGUCCUCCGGCGGGGCCGCAUGAGUGGUAACCCUGACGUCUUGGAGUACUACAGGAACAAACACUCGAGCAAGCCAAUUCGCGUGAUAGACCUCAGCGAGUGUGCAGUGUGGAAGCAUGUGGGCCCUGGCUUCGUUCGGAAGGAAUUUCAGAAUAAUUUCGUAUUCAUUGUUAAGACUACUUCCCGUACAUUCUAUCUGGUGGCCAAGACCGAGGAAGAAAUGCAGGUGUGGGUACACAGCAUCAGUCAGGUCUGCAACCUUGGCCACCUGGAGGAUGGUGCAGCAGAUUCCAUGGAGAGCCUCUCUCACACGCCCUCCUCCCUCCAGCCAUCCCCUGCCAGCUCUCUUCACACCGCCCAUGUUGUCAGCUCCUCCUUGCCAAGAGAUGACCCAAGCUCUAAUACCAUAGCCACUGAAGAAACCAGAAGUGAGUCAGAGUUUCUCUUCCUUCCUGAUUAUCUGAUUCUGUCCAACUGUGAGACUGGAAGACUACACCAUGCCAGUUUACCCACCAGAUGUGAUAGCUGGUCAAACUCAGACCGUUCAUUGGAGCAGACUUCAUUCGAUGACGUUUUUGUUGACUGCCUGCAGCCGCUGUCCUACAUUAACUUGGUCCACCCCUCAGCCCCUGGUAAUGGAUCUCAGGAGGCACCUUCCACAAGGCCUCAGGCUGCCCUGACCUGGAGUAGAGAUAACAAUGGGCCAUCCAGGGACCACUUUUCUUCAACAUUGCUGGAAACUUCCUUAAAUGCCACCAUUCAGGUAGAUAAAAACCAAGGUUCCUUGCCCUAUGGGGUAAAAGAACUAGACAUUGUGUCCAGCACGCCACCUCCCCGCCCCCCCAAGCCAAUCCAUCUCUCUGAACGGCGCCAAGAGGAGCAGCUACUGUGGAGUGGACACAGCAGCAUCAAGAAGCCAGAAUGCGCUAUGGCACCAAGAAGAAUCUCUCUCUCUGGUUUAGAUAAUGUGAGAACCUGGAAAGCUGACAUAGAAGGCCAAACCUUAAGACACCGAGACAAGCGGCUUAGUUUAAAUUUGCCAUGCAGGUUCUCCCCAGUGUACCCCACAGCUUCAACCAGUGCUGAAGAUGGCUACGUGCCUAUGGGUCCCCAGGCUACCACCUCUGGCCUCGGACCCCACUGCAGUCCUGAUGACUAUAUCCCAAUGAGCUCAGGAAGCAUCUCCAGCCCACUGCCUAAGCUACCUGCAGACCUGGAACCUCCCCCAGUGAAUAGAGAUCUCAAGCCUCAAAGGAAACCACGGCCACCUCCCCUCGACCUGAGAAACCUCUCUACCAUUCGGGAACAUGCAUCUUUAACCAGGACCCACACUGUGCCUUGCAAUCGGACCAGCUUUCUCUCUCCAGGAAGAAAUGGUAUUAAUUCUGCAAGAUUUUUUGCCAAUUCUAUUUCCAGAGAAGAGGAAGAAAGCGACAUCCAAAUGGAGGAACACCGAACAGCCAACUCCCUGAGCAGUGGUGCUAUGAUGUGGACAAAGAAAUUCAGCCUGGAUUAUUUAGCCCUGGACUUUAAUUCAGCAUCACCAGCCCCUGUACAGCAGAAACUUCUCCUUUCAGAAGAGCAAAGAGUAGACUAUGUCCAAGUGGAUGAGCAGAAGACGCAAGCUCUCCAGAGCACAAAGCAGGAGUGGACCGAUGAGAGGCAAUCCAAAGUGUAAGCGGUGUGGGCUUAGACUGUGUGUGACACAGGGAAGCUUGGGGGGGCUGGCUUUGAGUGUUUUUCACUAGAAUCACACCGAUGUUCAACACAGGUCAAGAUCCAGAGAGAAUGUGUAAUUCCGUGGGCUUGGCAAGAACCUUUGAGAGAGAGGACCUAUUUGUAUACAUUAAAUGGGGAGAAGAAGGAAGCAAUGUUCUCUCAGAGGGGGCUCUGAGGGAGUCCAGCCCCCGCACCCACCCCCCACCUGUCGCGGAAGUUUCCUUCUCUGGCCACACUGUCCCAUGCUCAGAGCCUCAGGGAUGCUUAGAGUUGGCUCCACAGUUACAAGAGGCAGAGAUGGAGGAUUCCACAGCCACAGACUGGGAUGUAGAAAACUCCAUUCAUUUAGACAGGGUAGGAACAAUAAAAACAAGACUUUAACAGAAUAUUUUCCCAGAGUUUGGUUAAAAAUCUCUUCAGUGGAGAAUUUGGAAUGCGGAGUGAAGCCAGUAUUGCUAACUGACUGACAUCAUUUGACUCCAAUACCUGAAAAUGACCUCUCUCCUGUGCCUCCAUUGAAGUGAUAAAUUUUCCUAGCAGAGAGGCCCCUAGAAACCAUCUUGUCCUAGCCCCUGAAGACACGGUUGAAGAAAUCAAACUCAGCGAUGAUGGGAGAAUCUGCACUCCUUACUCCAUAGAUUCCAGCAGACAAAUAAUUUUUAUACCCCAAAGAAAGACAAUUCAAGUGAUGGGGCAUGAUUCCUGGGCUCUGUGAUGACCGUAUCAGAUGACACCAGUGGCUCUAAGGACAUCAAGGUUUAAGCAGCUACCUGUGGCUGGGUAUUCCGUUGCUGUUGGCCCUUUUCCAGCGUGUUUUCACAUGCAUCAUCUCCUAUUCCUGUAAAAGACCUCAGAAGCUUGGGUUGGUAGAAGUAGUUGCUCCUGCUUUGAAGAAAAGAAAACUGAGAACCAGAGGAGGGCACACUUUGCCCAUGAUCACUCAUGGAGCUGAGACAAAGAGUUAGGUUUAGAACAGAAUUGGACAGGCUUCCCAUUUCAGGCUCAUUCCACCAUCUCACACUGACUGAGGAUUUUGAUGAAAUCGAUCAGUUUGUUCAAACUUGAAGAAAUGUGGGAGGCACAUGCAGACAUGAGAUGAGUCAUCAUCUCUCUUUCAUAGGAUUUUGAGCAGGUGCUUUUGUACUUGAAAGGUAUGCAUGUCAAGCCAGGGUAUCUUUGAAUUGUGUUCAAAUGGGGAACUCUAAUGUAAUCAGUAAUUACCAUUAGAAAUACCUCUUGAUGAUUAGUGUGAAAUCCAUACUUGGAUUGCAUGGUCCCCUUGCAGUGUGUUUCCCAUGAGCUAGCUAAUGUUGACGGAAUAAUUUUUGCCACCUUGGGAAGGCACAAAUUGUCCCUGGAUAUCUUAUGCUGGACCCAAGCUUUUCAGUGAUAAAGAGUUAUAACUAGGAAACAAAAAACCCCAAACAAAAAGCAGUAAGUUGCAUUCUCAGGUUUCCUAGCUAAUUUUUCCUCUGCUUUAUGGGGUACUGGGGUUCGAGGGACUCAGAUGAAAGUUGCAUUCAUCCUUCUGAGCACCUGUGCCCAGAAGACAGCUCUGAACAACUUGGAAUUAAGCAGUUACUGCUCCAACAUGUCCAUUGAUACUGUGUGCUUUAUGUGAGGAUGGAUCAACUAGGCAGCCAGGUCUAUGAGAGUCAGGGUAACUCAGGGCAGUUGCAGGCUUUGCUGCAUGGUUUUGGGAUUUCAGAAUGCCCCAAAGGUAAGUAGUACCAGUCUUGGUUUUUCAGAUCAUAAAAGAAGUAGCUUUGAUGUUAAAAGCAGCAAGAUCAUUUUC